AUGUCUUCAAUGAGAGAAUUAGCGACGAUGAGUGCUCAACGAUAUCUCCUUCUUCGCGACCAAACUCCCCACGUGUUUGGAUACAACCUGCAGAACGAGGAUUACAAGCUCCGAAAGGAAGGCGGGGACGGUAAAGUAAAUGUGAAAGCCAUCAUCAUCGCCAUGGCUAGCACCGAACCUGGUUCAGCAAGAAUCCUUUGGACUGAGAAGCGCAUCCCUGCGCGCGUCACUGGCAAUCCAGUGGAAGAUCACGUGGCCCAAAAGUGGACAAACGACCAGCGAGCGAGAAUGCUGCUGAAGUACUUGUGGAUGGUCCCCGCUGGUGAUGGAAACGAUCCAGAUCGAAGCGACAUCUACUACCUCCAUCACUUGUAG